CAGUACGUCGGUGAUCGUGACAUGCCACUUGCAAUUUAGGCAUGUUGUGAACGAUUACUGCUGCAGUGUGAGGAUGUGCGUGAAAUUCUCUCUUAGUUCAUUUUGGCACACAGAUCACUCUGCUUUGCUUGAGACUAACCCUCUAAUCCUACACUCACUUUAAUACUCACUUUAAUAUUGUAUCAUCUUAGUGGAAGUAGAUCCUGACAAGGCUGCUUUUCAGGUGUGUCGGGACGAUUUCCUCCCGACAAUGGCUCUUAAUAUGAACUCUUGCAUUCAGAAAAUAAACGGAACAUUGCACAUUCUGUAUUCUGUAGGGCACUUGAUGGAGCCUGAAUCCCCUUUGAUUUAAAGACAGAAUGGUCUCUCCAAAACAAAAAGUGAUGACCAACUUUUUUCUCACUUCUUGUGAGACACCUGGUCCCUGGUCUCCCUGUCAUUGUCAUGAACAUUUCUUGGUACAUGUUGUAGUGUAACUAAACUUCAGCCAGGUCUGUGGAUAGUUUAACACUCCUCUAUCGAACGGGCUACAUGUGUUGCGUGAUUCACUGCUGUUAGAUUCUGAUUCGUGCAAAAUUAAUUUUUAUGCUGUAAGUUUUUUUUUUCAGGAAUGAAAGGAGAGCCUUUUUUCAGAGGAAUGAGAGAUGCCAGUUUUUAUCGAGACUUUCGCCUUUUGGAAGGAGGUCAGGUCUUCAUUCCCCAGCACACAGACAGACAGUAUGCACUAGGAGCCGACUUCCACCAGAUCAUUGAUUUCAAUGACCUGCCUGCUUCACUGUUCGGAUGCAAUGUCCACCAGUCCGUGUUUGAAGAAAAGAAUGGGAAGGAGUCUUUGGUUUCCAGACGAGCAGCGCUGCUUGGAAAGCAUGUGCGUCACUGUCUGAGGCAGUGUGACGUGAGCUGGUUGGCAAGCGAGGGGAAGGAACAUUUUGAGGCACUCUUCCUUGCUUAUGAUGAGCAUGUGACAUUCCAGCUGUUUAAAAGCUUCAGGCGUGUGCGGAUUAACUUCAGCAACCCCAAAGUAGCGGCCAGUGCCAGGAUAGAGCUGCACGAGACGCAGUUCAGAGGAAAGAAGCUCAAGCUUUACUUUGCCCAGGUGCAAAACCCAAGUACAGAUGGAGUUAACCUGCACCUGGCUCCUCCAAAGCCAUCCAAACAGUUCCUAAUCUCCCCGCCAUCAUCACCGCCUGUAGCAUGGCAACAGAUAGAUGAUGCCACCCCUGUGAUCAACUAUGACCUGCUUUAUGCAGUUGCAAAACUAGGGCCUGGAGAAAAGUAUGAGCUCCAUGCGGGAACAGAGUCGACACCCAGCGUGGUCGUCCACGUCUGUGACAGCGACAACGAGGAAGAGGAGGAACCAAAAAACUGCCCCAAACCAAAAAUCAUCCAGACAAGGCGCCCCGAUCUUCCUGUGACCAUGCCUCACUGAAUUCCCUGCUGGAAAGAAGGAAACUUGUUCCGCUGUCUCUCUCAAACACACGUUUCUCUCGGAACGCAGUUGUCUUUCCCUCACAGGAACUUUGAUGCUCAGUAACCUUUUGCUGUCCACAUAGUCGUGCAGCAAGGGCUAGAAGGGGCUUGUUCUGUAGCACACAGCCAUUAAUGUAUGUUCACAUCAUCAGUUCUGUGGGUCUCGCAUCAUUGCGUUUCGUGACUGUUUCCUUUCGGUUUUAUUGUAUUCGUACUUUGUCUGGUAACCGGUGGUUGGCAGUGGAAGUCAGUGAUGUUUGAGCAAUGCCUCCAGUGGAAACAAAGCCUCAACUGAUAAGAAAAUGGGAGUUUACUUUUCAAAGGACAAUUGUCACGCACUUAACACUGCUUACCACUGGCAGCUGUAUUACUGAGUAGUACAUUUUUCCUCAAACAGUUUUUUGACAAAUACCCCUAACUGUUAUACACAUUAUCUUUCAGUAACUCUUCUUUCUUUUUUGUUUUUUUGUUUUUGUGACUGACUCACGCAUUGGCAAGCGAUGCGUAGAAGGUGGUGUUUUUCUGUCUUAGAGGCAAGGCCUUCUGAAAAUAGUAGUGGAGUCAGUUACACAAAGCCAGUCAAACUUAAUUUUAGUAAAAUGUCUGCAGUCUGUAAAAGUGUGUGUGUGUCUGUCUAGAAUAGUUUGGAAUGCACCUCUUUCUAGCAAAAUGCAUGAUCAUUUCAAAACAGUGUAUUGCUAACAAUCAAGGGACUACUGUAUCAUUUUGCCACAAUAGUGCCACAGUGGUUAAGAGUGCAAUGUUUAUUAAACUUCCAUAUCUAGCUAUCAGCGUAGAGGGUUUGUAAAGUGAUGCCUUUUGAGAUAGAAACACUAUGGCAUUAGCUGCUGAAAUCGUUCAACGUUUUUGAUAUUUUAAAUGGGUUAACCAGAUUCUGAAUUGGUUAGGUGCCUAUAAUAACACUAUGUAACACAAUUUUUGUUCCUGGGUAGUAAGUAUUAUUUCCUAAUUGCUUAUGCCUCAAAAGA